CCUUCCACGCUGCAGCCCAGUGCCUGAGGACCUUGCCCCGCCAGUUUCUCCCCGGCAACCAGCAGCCAAUCAGCCAAUCAGCACAGCACCAGAGCCAUGGCCGGGAAGAGAGCCCUGGUGGUCCUGGCCCACUCCGAGAAGACAUCCUUCAACUAUGCCAUGAAGGAGGCGGCCGUGGAGGCCCUGAAGGGGAAGGGCUGGGAGGUGACCGAGUCGGACCUCUACGCCAUGGACUUCAACCCCCUCAUCUCCAGGAAAGACAUCACAGGUAAACUGAAGGACCCCGAGAACUUCCAGUAUACUGCCGAGUCUGUCCUGGCAUAUAAGGAGGGCCGGCUUAGCCCAGACAUUGUGGCCGAACAGAAGAAGCUGGAAGCUGCGGACCUUGUGAUUUUCCAGUUCCCGCUACAGUGGUUUGGAGUGCCUGCCAUCCUGAAAGGCUGGUUCGAGCGCGUGUUAAUCGGGGAGUUUGCUUACACGUAUGCCGCCAUGUACGAGAAGGGGCCCUUCCGGAAUAAGAAGACAGUGCUCUCCAUCACCACAGGUGGCAGCGGCUCCAUGUAUUCGCUCCAGGGCGUCCAUGGGGACAUGAACGUCAUUCUCUGGCCGAUUCAGAGCGGCAUCCUGCAUUUUUGCGGCUUCCAAGUCCUGGCACCGCAGCUGACCUACAGUAUCGGCCACACUCCCGCUGACGCCCGGAUCCAGAUCCUGGAAGGGUGGAAGAAACGCCUGGAGACCAUCUGGGACGAGCCCGUUCUCUAUUUUGCUCCAAGCGACUUCUUUGAUCUGAACUUCCAGGCAGGGUUCUUAAUGAAAAAGGAGGUCCAGGAAGAGCAGAAAAACAAGAAAGUCGGCCUUUCCGUGGGCCACCACUUGGGCAAAUCCAUCCCGACUGAUAACCAGAUCAAAGCCAGCAAAUAAGAUUCAAACACUUUAAUUUCCUUUAAAAAAAAAGCCAGGUCCGGGCUUCUCUAGCUGGCAUCCUUGAUUUACUUUAGUUUUUAGAGGUGCGAGUGACUCUCUUCCUACCAGGAAUGAGAACAGACUGUAUCCCUACAUUCUGGGCUAGUUUUAUUAUUAAACCUGAUUCUCAGAUCUUGGAAAAUCUGACUAGGCACAAGGGGCUACUGAAGAUGUAAAAAGUAGGUGGGCCGGAGAGACAGUACAAUGGGUAGGGCAUUUGCCUUGCACACAGCCAAGGUGUGCCUCCAAAAAAAAAAAAAAGAUGUAAAACAGGAAAAAGUAGAAAGAUGCUAGGCAAUAUUCUUUAAUAUCUUCUACAGAAUUUGACUCUUUUAGAGAGUGUUUUUGUAGGGAAAAAAAUCUGGAUUGACAGCAUUCAACUCAUUAUCUAUUUUUAAAUUACCUCUCUGUGGCUUAUGGCAGCAGGGAAUUUGCUUAGAGAAAGAAAUGACUGAAGCUGUCUGACCUCAGGGACUUGCUGAGCAUUAGUGAUCCAUAGUUGUUUAUGAGGUAUAAAUACAUUAUGCGAUAUUGGUUUAAUUGCUGCACAGUGACCGACGUUCCCAUUGUGAGUUACUCUCCCUUCAGCUUUUGUUGUUGGAUACAGAUACCCAAGUACCUUGAAAUAAAAGCUAAUUAAAAAGUCUCUUAUUUAACUGUCUUCUAAAUUUAAUGUCUGCAGAAAUAAACCAACACAUCUCAAAACA